GUAUAUGAUAAAAGGUGGGGGAGUCGUACGCGGAAUCUUUUUUAUUUUUUUUUUUUUCCGCUUCUUUUUUCGUUUUUAUUUUCCAAAGGGGGGUGGGAGAAGAUGCAGCAGAUAUCGGAGGUAUAAAGAACACCGUGCAGCUCGUAAUACGUGACAAAUUUUUUCUUCAUCUCCGUACGAGAGGGCUUCGAUAUCGAAGCGCCGACGCUCCUCCGUACGGAUAGAACGACACGAAUAAAUAGUUUUGUAAUAAAAAAAAAUAGAACGGAGAAAAAAUAUACUUUCAAUACCCGUCGUACGAAAUGACAACAUCGUGUAGUUUGACGGUAACGACCCGUCGAGGGAUGAUCGUCGUCUUCACGUUAUUCAUCUGGAUCGAUUCGCCCUCAAAUGUGAACGCCUACACUAACCUUGCCGACGUACCAUGCGGAGAGAUAGGGUCGGGGUCGCGUGCCGCUCGAAUCGUAGGUGGAGAAAACGCGGCGCCCAAGGAAUUUCCAUGGCUUGUCAGCAUCACGAGAAAAGGGGGACAUUUCUGCGGCGGAACAAUCGUUAAUUCCAGGUUCAUCCUCACCGCCGGACACUGUCUGUGCUCGGGAUCCUCGGAGAUACCGGCGCGUCAAUUGCGGGUCACGUUGGGCGAGUACAAUUUGCGGGGUCCCGAGGUACCUCCGGCAAGAGAGGAGAGUAUCAGAAGAGUUUUCAUUCACCCUGGACACAAAUGCGGUGGUUACAUAGACGACAUAGCUUUGCUGGAAUUAGACAGACCGAUUUCUUGGUCGGAGAGCGUCAGACCGGCCUGCCUUCCGUCGUCGAACGGUGCCGCCGGCUACAGCGAUUUCGAGGGAGAGAACGCAAUCGCCGCGGGCUGGGGGUGGCUAGGAGAAGACACAUCCAGACACAAGAGGGCAGACAUCCUUCAGAAGGUCGGUGUACGUGUGGUGGAAAAUAACUUAUGUCGGCAGUGGUACGCUAGUCAAGGUAAAAAAACGCGAGUCGAACCUCAGCAGAUGUGUGCGGGCCACGAGGAGGGCGGUCGAGAUUCCUGCUGGGCCGACAGCGGAGGUCCUUUGAUGGUCCGCGGUCGUCGGGGUACAUCGGAAACAAUGGUCGUGGGUGUAGUUUCGACGGGAGUCGGUUGUGCGCGUCCCCGACUUCCCGGCGUUUACACAAGAAUUUCGGAAUACGUCUCCUGGAUCGAACAACGAGCGUUUCAACGUUGAAACACCGAAAUCAACCUUUUGAAAAGGCAAAAUCUGUGAUAAUACAUACGUAUAUUUUAAGGUCCAUACGAUUUUUGAGGCGGUCGCACAACGCCACCGUCCUCUUCUAGUCAUUUUAACGUAAUUAGCUUAUCGAUUGUUAGGAGAUGAAAAUUAAUUAGAUUUUUAAGACGUCGUUAAGACGAGCAAUAAAUAACGUAUGCCAUUUGCUGUACGGAUAGUGCAACGUA